AUGGCUUUCCCGUUUCCGAUCUUUCCCAAUGGAGACGUCCACAUCACUGUGGGUGGUGAAGAAUAUCAGCUGCACGCUGGAUUGCUCAUGGACCGCUCCCCGAUGAUGAAGCUUCUCCUGGCUCCGUUGCUAUCGGAGAGAACCAGUCCCGAGGACCAUAUCCACCUCGCGGUUGUCGUGCAGGGAAGAAGAGACGAAGUCCGAUAUUUGGCGGUUGUGGAUCAAGCUUCGACUGCUCAUGAUUCUGGAUCCGAGGGUCACGAGUCUGAGAACGACGCAACUCAGGAACAGGAACAGGACGGUGCCAAUGAAGAGGACAGCGACGACGAGGGACUGUCGCAGCCAACCUGCGAGGCCUGGGGCAAUGCCUUUAGGUGCGUGUACGACCUCCGCGUGGAUCUUCGCUCCCUGGACGAUGAGGAACUUCUCGACCACUGCUGGGCCAUCCUCAACAUUACCAGCCACCUCGGCAUCAAGACAGAGAUCGUGACGUGGUGUAUCAGCUGCGGCCUCGCACAGCGACAGGGGGACGUGUCUCGCGUCAUCUCCGAAGAUCCUGUGAGCUGGGUGAUCCUGAGCCGCCACAUGCGCCUUGCAUGGGUAUUUGUGGAGUCCGUGACCCGUCUCGUCGAACAGUGGAGGACCAUCCCGGCGGAAAGACUCCAAGACGUCACGAUGGACACUCUCAACCUCUGUAGAACCUUGCGCCGCAGCCUUCUGCGCGGAACGUUCACCGGCGUGGAGGAGGAUGACUGCCCGUGGUACGCGUUUCCCGACUCGAGCGAAGGAGACGUGCCCAUCUUGGACGAAGUGGACGAUCUGCGACCUCUUCUGCCCGAGUUCAUCGCACUGGUCAACCACUGGGGUAUGGAAGACCGUGGUGCCCAGCAGCCUCGCCUCAGUCACGGUAAGAUUCACCCUGAGCUUGGUCUGUAG